UUAACGGUACGUCGUCAUGCUUGACAAAUAUUCAUUUACCUGUGACCUGAUUUGUUCUCACGUAAGACUUGAAAACCCACAUUCAGCAGCGUCUCUUAGCUGAUCCAGUGACUUCAACGAAUAAGCAUGUCGGAUAUCAAGAAUGGAAUUCACCACCAGGAGCAGCCCGGGGCACCACCAGCAUAUAGCGCACCCAUCACAACUCAACCCGGAUUCUCUCAGCCAGCUGCUUUCCAUUCAUCCAACACCACCGUUGUUGUCCAGGCCCCUCAAGCUCCCCAAACGGUACCAACCCGUCCCAAACAACGCACGUGGAGCACAGAUAUUUUUGGAUGUUUUUCUGACAUGACGUCAUGUUGCGCUGUGACAUGGUGUGGAUCGUUCUAUAUGUGUUAUCUGUCCACUAAGCUUGGAGAGUCUUGUUGUCUGCCAAUUGCUAUAGCAGGAUACGGUGCUCUGAUCCCUCUCAGAACCAAGAUCCGCGCAGAGAACAAUAUUGUUGGCAGUAUUUGCGAGGAUUGUUGCAUGGUUUGUUGGUGCCCAUUAUGCGUCAUGUGCCAGCUAUCACGUGAGCACGACCACGUCCAGCUGAACCAGGAAAUCGUUCGAUGAUGUAUCUAACCCUGAGCAAGAAACUGCAUCAGUUGGUUUUUUUUCAAUAGUGCUGUGAAUUACGCCAUAAUUUUUUGCUGACUACAUUUGCAUAUGAAUUACUAGUAACUUGAGCGUUAACUUUGUUGAUUUUCUUUCCAUUCUGUCUGACAUUCUUUUCUUUGUUUGUUUUUUAAAUAGGGCAUACUGUUAAAUGAAUGAAUAAUAGUUAUUUGCUCUGACUGGCCGAACUUAAAAGACAACUUUUAGGAGAUGUUGAGGUCAAUAUUUUAACCCCAAAUGAGCAUAUUACACAUGUCGUAAUAUGAUUGUUCAUUCUUAAUUUGACGGCCAAUAAGAAAUUUUUCUUUAUCUAGGCGCGAACAUGUGAAAGAUGCUGAGAUAAUGAAAUUGAAGAAUUCAUAUAUUGACAUCUUUGAGAUGAAAUCAAUUACGAUUUGCGAUGAAAAAAUACACCUCGCCCUUCAAACCCGGCAUGCAUUGGCAAUUUUUUCCUUGGGAUGCAACACCCUCAACCUCUUUAAUGUCUUUAAUUUUACAUCAUUUAUGCCCAUUAUAAAAUGCUUUUCAUAUGUUUUUCGUGUCAGGUUGUGAACUGAAGGAUUUUUUUUCGUAACAGAAAAGCAGUUUUAAUGGUCGUUAUCGGGCCUUAUACCAUAUUCAUUAUCUGAUUGAUUACCUGUAUAAUUGAUUGAUUGAUGAAUAUCUUAUGAAUAUAAAAUUUGAAAUAUUUUA